GCAGAGAUUCAGAUACUCGGCGACAGUCAUUGAGGCACCAACACGCGCGAGACCUGUGUUGUUAUUUAUCAUGGACGCAAUUCUUCUUUCCAAUGGUUUUUUCUCUUAUUUUCUUGUGAUUUGAUUUCUCCGUUUUAUCUAAUUAUAUGUUUUUUAUACGAUAAUUUAUAUGUUAUUUUAUUGUUGCUGUUCUUGUUAUUCUGUUUGUUGUUACUCUCAAGGAAAAUACGUAAAAUUGCAUUAUUGCAAGUGAGCGCGAUUGUUACUAAUUUGCGGAUGAAAAAUUAAAAAAAAAAAACAAAAAAAAAAAAAAACUAAAAAGAAAAGCAGUCAAGCCGGAAUUAUCUGUAUUUUGCAUUUCGCAAGCUGGUGCCUUGCUAAAACGCGGUUAGUUCGAUAUCUAUAUUUCAUGCGCCCAGAAAGUAACCGGAGAAUAACUACAGAAAAACGUGAAACAACUGCGAAGAUACCGAGAAUAACUACAGAAACUCCUUCUCCUUGCGGAUUCCGAAACGUGGAUUAUUCAAUGUGAAAUUAUCAAGGUGGACGAAUUGUCGCUAUCCUUUCUCUCCUUCAGGGCAACUUCACGUGUAGGCCAUUGUUAUAAUGGAUUUGUGGCCUCUUUGUUUUUUCAUUGUAUGCACAAUUUUAACGGCAAAAUCGAAGGGAGCACAUCGUGAGCAUAAGGUUCACAACAUCGUUCUUUAUCCGGAUAAACAUUCCUGGUGUCAAACACAGCAAAUCAAACAGGUUAUCAGUUAUCCAGGGUGUAAAUCGGAAGAAAUUGAUAACAAUGUUUGUGUGGGAGCAUGUUUCAGUUACUCGAUACCACAUACAGAGCCAUCGGAUCCAGGGGAAGUGAUUGUGCCUUAUUGUGAUAGCUGUCAACCAUCUGAUACUACUUGGCAUCACGUAACUCUACAGUGUGAGAAAAACAGCGAUAUAACUCCUCCACAACUGGUAAAACGCGUACAAAUCAUCAACAAUUGUUCUUGUUCAUCAUGCGAGGGGGAUCAUCACAAUCGUUACAAAACUACACCCCCUAGCGAUACAGAUGAUUCUGAUGAUUUCCUUAUAAUGCAACAGAAUGAUGUCCCCGAUUUGCUACGUCUCCUGAAUAACCGUAACGAAACGAACACGGUACAAAACAGCAUUCAUGCUGAGAAUGUCAAGUCCUUGAUGAAUCAUAAAAUCGUGACCCUCUUGAAAAACAUUCAAGAGAAAAAUUCGCGUUAUGACAAGGACCAACUGAUUGAUCUGUUAAGGACGAUUCAGGGCCCGGAGCAUCAUAAGCUCAGCGAUGAGAAAAUAGCAGAUUUUGUGGAGAGUUUGAAUUCAGAAAAUGUGGAAUUGGAUCUGGUGCGAUUAAGGGAAGUCCUGUCUAAGUUCGAACGUUCCAAGUAUUUCGAAAAGCAUCGGAAAUAUCUACUGGGUGGACAUCACAUUGAUGAAGAUCAACGGCGGCAGCAUCGUCACCAUCAUCACCAUCCCCACCAUCAGAUGGCUUUAAAUAAUAACGGAGAAUCGAACCCCCAUCUAUAUGAUUCCGAAGAAAAUGGACUAAUUGACGGUUACCAGCAUACCCAUCAAUUCGAUGACAAAGCUAUGUCCGAUGUUGAUACCAUCAAUUCUGAACACGUGGAACAUGACUCAAGUCAUCCUUCAAAAGAGCACCAAACCGAUGAUAUUGUAAUUGACUCAAUUAUCAACGGUCAUCAUGGUCAGGCAAGGUUAUCGGGAACGAUUCCUGGACGACCCCUUUCAACUGUCACUACUUCACCUUCGUACCAGCACACCUCUGUCCAUCAUCAUCAACACCAGCACCAUCUCCAGCCCCAGCAUUAUCACCAUGCUGGAGAAGAGAUCCUUGGUCAUGGUCACCUAAUCAAAGGACCAAAUGGGGCCCUUGUGAUCGAACCGGAUCGCAUACAUGAGAAACUCGAUGUCAAUUCACAUGAGUUGAAGCCAAAUCAUGCUGGGACUCUUUUAAGUUAUUCGGCAGCUGGUCAACCGUUAUCCUCCUUAUCAGGAUCAACAUCAUCGUCAUCAUCAUUGUCACCAUCAGGACCCACUCCGUUGUCUGGUAGUGUUGCGGAAGCAACUAUGAUUGUUGAAAAGACACCGGGUAAGUUGCAGUCAGGUGACAGGGAUGAUGACAGCUUGGAGGAUAACGACUGAUCCUUGUUUCAUUUUGUAAUAUAAUUUUUUUUUUUUUGUUCUGAGUAACCAAAUAAUAAUCUGAGAAAUAAAGAACCGCGAUACUCCUUUCUUCCUUAAACUGACGGCGUUGGGCAAUCACUUAUCUUUCUUCUAUUUAUUUUCAUAGGAAAAAGUUUAGUCUUAAUUUCCGUUGAGCUCUGUAGAAUUUGUCCUUUUCUACCCUUAAUUUUUAUUUUUUAUAAUCUGUAAUUAUAUUCAGUUAACAUAAAUAAUACUCACACUGCGAUUUCAACCUUGUUUUGUUUUUCUACUUAUUUAUAUUUUUUUUUAAGAAAAUAAAUCUAUUUUAUGAUAA